AUGGCCGCAAUCGUCACCGGCACACCGGUAAACUGGUCCCGGGUGCUGUUCGACACCUUGGUUUGGAUGAUUAACGUCCAGUCAGUCAGUCUCAUUCCCCAAAUGAGCACCCUCCUGGUGGAACUCGGUGUUCCAACUUGCCCUGGCGAAGGCCUGAACCAGGCUCAGGAAAUAGAGCGGCUGGAAGCCAUAUGCAAUCUAAAAGAAGUACCGGUAUAUACCGCUCCAGUCAUCGAAGAAUUUCCAAUUGACUGGACAACAACCUCAAGAGAAGACACCGAGACACCGAGGGACAUUGAGACACCGAUACAGGACAAUGCUGAAAUACCGACUUCAAAGACUGUUGAGGUACAAAGUUUAGAAAAUGUCGAGGUUCCAAACUCAGAAAUUGAGGUAAUAAACUUAGAGGAUUCGGCUCAAUUAGAACCUCCAAAUGAAGAGGAGGCACCGAUAAAUCUUGAUGAAAGAGCCGAUCCUAAUCCGACCGAGCAGUCCUCUCCCACUCCACCACCGGAAGCUACUGUUUCAGUUCCUCCUAAGGAAUGGAUUGAAGACCGGCUUCAAGAAUUUGAAGCAUCCGUUUCGGGACGGAUUGGUGAGCAACUUAAGAAAUUUGAAGUGUCCACAUCGGGGCAGGUUGAAGACCGGCUUCAGAAAUUUGAAGCAUCAAUAUCAGAGCAGAUUGAUGACCGCAUACUUGAACACAACGUCUCUAAGCUUCAACCGCUCAAGGAUAGAUGCGAGAACGUUUUCGAUUCGGCCAUGCAGUUCGCCGAUGUGACAAAGAAGGUUGUGGAUCACCAUCAAGCGCGCCUAGCGGAACUCAGCACCGGACUAUGGGAAGAGGCCGGUGAGCGAGAAAAUUGUGCUCAUCAUAUUAUAGCUCUGGAGGGUCUCACUUCGGAAUUAAAGAAGGAUUUCGAACGGGUUGAUCCGACAAUUGAACGAGUCUCGGUACUGGAAAAGAAAAACGAAGAUCUCGUGGCCGAAGAAAGGCUGGACGCCGAAGUCAACAAAGACAAAGAGGCGCCGCGAGCGACUCCGCUGACCGAGGAAGAAGUAGAGGCCGAGAGAAUAAGAAGGGCUGAGAUCAUGUAUCCAGGGUAUGCUGAGCAAAUAGCAAGACAAGCUGCGGAUGAUGCCGAACGGCUGGAGAGACAAAAACGUGGGCUGGAAGAGUUCUCCGAAGCAAACAAGAAGAAAAAGAAAGUGGCCCCCUCUGCUUCAGCACCGGUCGUCUCCGCCUCAGCAUCAAAGAAAAGAAAGAAGCCGGCUAGUAAGAAAACUCCACCACCUCCACCCCCACCCCCACCUCCACCUCCAUCGCAGCCAGCUCCACCACCACCGCCGAAGCCACCACCGCCGAAGCCACCACCGCCACCGGUUGCCCCAGCCAUGUUGAUGCUGACAAAAUGGGCGGCUGUAUGA